AUGGAACACAUCGAAGACCUCGCGCUAGCGCAUCGGCUAGAACAUUAUAGAAGUCGGCAGGAGGCUGCCAAAGGCUUUGAUGAUGACCUCGAGUUUUGUCCUUCUCUCUCGGCAGAAGAGCUUCUCAGAGAAUUCUUAAACCAAAUCACUAGCCAUAAUAGCCCCUCCAGCCCAAAUAACAACAAUAUUCCAUCGUCGAUCCCUUCGCCAUUCUUUUCUCGUCCCGGAUCACCUUACUCUUUUGGCAGUUUCUCACCGACAUUGACUUAUCAGGCAUUAGCAGUGGGUCCGAAUGCAAUGACGAUGACCACCACGACGCCAAAAGCCACGAAAUCAAUACCGAUUGUCGAUCCGAAUAGUGGGAAUAUUGUUAAUAUGCCGGGAAAUAGUGCUACUUCGAAUACCGGUAACAAUAGCGGAAGUAAUAAUGGAUUUGGAGGAAGCUUCUAUAGUGACAUUUCUGUACGGUGA